UACCAGGUUAGAACAUAAAAUACUCUCUUUGAAUAUAAGAUCCGGAGGAGGAAUUGCCUUUGUUUUCUAUAGACUGAAAGUGUGUCCAAAGUGUGUUCAAGAGAGAAAGGUAUACAAGUGAUACUCGUCUCUACGCAUGCGUCAAAAUCGUUGCGUGUAGCACUUCCAACAUUUUCUGUACUUGAUUUUCAAACUUCGUGAGGGCAGAUAUAUUUAUAAUACAAUAUUAAGACACAAUAUUACGACACAUUCGCAACGACGUGAGCGUUAAGUGAAACGCACCCUAAAUGGAACCCUUUAUUUUAUUCCAACUUAUUGCACCAAUUCAGCAGUACAGCUAAAAAGAACAGAUCAACAGUUUAGUAGGCGUUAGUUAAUAUUUGUGCUUUCGUGCCACAUGCAUUUGUAAAAUGAAUAAGAGAGAGAAAGAAUAAAUUCUCUUGCUUCUAUUUUGUAAUAACGCUUCUAUUAUCGGCAGACAUUAUUUGCUGCAUGUUAUUUGCUACAUCUGUAGCAUUUACAUUUGAUAUUGGCAGCGACGCUCUGUGCUUAACCUAAUCGAGAUGGGUGAUACUAUCGACAAAGGAAUCAUCACUUAUAUAUGUUUAGAGAAUUUUAUUACUUAUGAUAGAGUCUCAGUGAAGCCUGGCAGAUACCUCAAUGUUAUUAUUGGCCCUAAUGGUUCUGGCAAGUCUUCUAUUGUCGCUGCUAUAGUUCUUGGUUUAGGUGGCAAGCUUACCAUUAUUGGAAGAGCAACUCAUAUAGGAGAAUAUGUUAAAUAUGGAUGUGAAUUUGCAAAAAUAGAAAUUCGCUUGAAGAAUGGUAAAAACCAAGAUCACGUGAUAACUAGAGUAUUUACUAAGCAAGGAAAGUCUACGUGGAAGAUCAAUGAUGCACCAUCAACUAUAAAAGCUGUACAAGCAUUUGCAGCUAAUUUUAAUAUUCAGGUCGACAAUUUUUGUCAGUUUCUGCCACAAGAUAGAGUACAAGAUUUCUCAAAGAUGGAUGCUCAAACAUUAUUAGAGAAUACAGAAAGAUCCGUCGGAAAUCCAAUACUCCUUGAAUAUCAUCAACAAUUAAAAGAGUACAGGGCUUCUUGCAAAACAUUGGAAAACGAAAUAACAAACAAAAAACGACUAUUGGAAUCCAAAAUUCAGGUACAUAAUGGAAUGAAGGAAACAGUUAGUACGAUAAAAGAAAGAAAGCAGAUAAAGAAGAAAAUUACAUUAUUGAAACAAAAGAAAGCAUGGAUGUUAUAUGAUUACGCACGCAGGAAGUUAUUGGAGUCCAAGAAAAAAAGAACCCUAGCAGUGAAUAAUAUGCAAUCGAUAAAAGAUUCAAUGAAACCAUUAGAAAACAAAAUUGCACAGAUAACAUCUGAAGCAGAAAAGAUAAAACAUGGUCUAAAUAAUCAUAACGACAGAGUUCAAGCAGAGAAUACAAAGUUAAGAAGUAUUAUGAUGGAGAUUCUCAACACUGAAGAAAAAAUUAAAGAAGCUGAAAACACGUGUUCACGCCGAAUUCAGGUAGAACAGACCCGAAAUGAAAAUAUUAAUCUCCUAAAGCAGAAAAAGUGCAAACUCGAGAACGACUUAUCCCUUAUGAUUAAUGAAAUUGGAUCAGAAGAAAGUUUAAAGGAGCUUAUAAUUAAUACAACAGUUUCUAUGCAAAAACACAAGAAUGUCAUUAGUAAUUUUACUGCUGAAAGUGUAACUUCAAGGAAUAAAGAAGAAAACCUAAAUCGUGACAUUAGAGCUUUAGAAGCAGAAUAUAAGUCAUUAAAUAUCGAUGCAAAGCGUAUGGAACUCUUAAGGCGUAAGAGUAUAGAUGCAUAUAAAGGUGUACUUUGGUUGAGAGAGAAUCGUGACAAAUUUUCGGGGCUAGUGCACGAACCCAUGUUGCUCAGCAUUAACGUAAAAGAUGCUUCUUAUGCUAAGUAUCUAGAAAACGUGAUAGCGCUACGAGAUUUAAUUGCGUUCACGUGUGAAAACAAGCGCGACAUGAAUUUGCUAAUAAGUUAUUUGAGAGAACAACAGAAGCUACAAGUCAACAUAGUUCAUUCCGAUCCUAUGAAGAUAGUUACCAUGCAUCCCAUUAUACCGAUAGAAGAAAUUCAGAAAUUUGGCUUCAAACAUUACUUGGUAUCACUUAUCGAAGCACCGUCUACUUUGAUGAAAUAUCUAGUUACAAUGUAUAGCUUGAACAAUAUUCCCGUUGGGAGCAAUGCAGUCGAGGAUAACACAGAAAAUAUACCUCGUAAUAUACACUGUUACUUUAGUGAAAAUAAUAUUUACUUCGUCAGUACGUCUAAGUAUACCCAUGCAACGUCAACAAGAAUAUCACAAAUCUCUAGCACUGAAACACUAUCAAUUGUUCUAGAUAAAUAUAAGCUACAGAUGGUUCAACAAAGAUUACAAAAUUUGCAGCAAAGCAAAAAUCAAAUUGUAAGUGAUAUUAAACGAAUAGAAGAUCAGAUACGCGAGGAGAACAAUAAAUUAGAGAAAUAUCGGUCCGACAGAAAUAAAUAUCAACAAAAUAUGCAGCAAAUUGAAGCAUUGCAAAGCAGAAUACGAAUGGCUGAGAGCUCUAUUAUGAAGAUGGAGAAAGAACGGACGAGUAUUGAUAAUAUAAAAGCAGAAUGCACUGAAGAAAUUAAGACUAUAUUAAAGAAUCAAAUAAAUGUGUACAUAAAAUAUAAUGAAGUUCUAAAGAAAUAUUACAAUUGUGUUAUAAACAACGAAGAGAUGAAAUUUACAUUAUCGUUAUUACGACAAACUUUAGCGGUCAAAAAAAGUGAUAUCGCGGAAUUAGAAGAUAAAUAUAAGGAGGCCGAGAGAAUAUAUAAACAACACGAUGAGGAAUUUCAACCGUUAAUGAAGGAGGCUGAGGAUUUAUAUAAGGAAGCGCUAAGUAGUACAAAUAAUAUAAGUCCACAAGACGAAGCGUUCAAUGCUCUAAAUAAACUCUUUGAAAAAUUACCAUCUAAUAUAAAGGACAUAAAUCAUGAAUUGGAUGUCGCUAAUGCAAAAGUUUUUUGUAUGGCGAAAAACGUAGAUGCAGAAAAUGUAAUACGUGAAUUCGAUGAAAUAGGAAAGAAUAUCGACACUUUGACCAAGUUUAUCGAAACACAGACUGUCAAGGUGAACGAUAUAAGGGAGAAGAUUGAAGAAUUAAAAGAAAAGUGGUUACAACCGUUGCAGCAGCUGGUCGAGAAAAUAAAUGAAAAUUUCAGUUCUUAUUUUUCCGCGAUGGAUUGUGCUGGCGAAGUUACACUUAUGCAUGGCGAAAAUAUUAUGGACUUUGAUCAGUAUGGUCUGAAAAUUAGAGUAAAAUUCCGAGAUUCCGACGAAUUGCAAGAAUUAACGAGGCACUUUCAGAGCGGCGGAGAAAGAACUGUAACCACUGCAAUUUACAUGAUCUCAUUGCAAGAGUUAUCGUGUGUACCAUUUCGCUGUGUGGAUGAAAUUAAUCAGGGCAUGGACGCAGUGAACGAAAAGCGUAUUUUCGACUUGCUCGUCAAAAUGACAGGGAGACAAGGCAGUUCCCAAUAUUUCUUGCUCACGCCAAAACUUCUACCUGAUUUAACGUACGCCGAUACUGUGACUGUGCAUUGCAUCUAUAAUAGACAUUCUACUACUGAUCAGACCGAUGCAAAUUUCGACUUUAAUACAGAAGCAUACUGCAACCAUCUCGCAUCGACAGUCUUGUUAAACGAACAGUAGGAAGUAAGUUAUUGUAAAAAAAAUACUUCCAUUUUAGGUCUGUUAUUCAUAUAUAUGGGAAAAAUGUAUAUUAAUGCGUAUUAUUAAAUAUAUACAUCACAGGACCGAAGACUUUUUAU